AUGAAACAUUUGAAGUUCGAGGCAUUGAAUGUUUCAGAAGGAGAAAAGCAAACAAACACAGGUGCCGAUGGUCUGCGCACCCUUGCAUAUCAUUCCUUGGAAACAUCUUGUCUCUGUCAUUUCCCACCGCGUGCAAAUAUGCUGUGUGUACAAAAUGAAAUAUCAACGCGUUUAACGUAUGCAAGCGUUACCUAUUACAUAAGACCAAAUUUUAAAGAUUAUCCGCUUAUUUCUAUCAGAAAGACACAACCACACAGACAGACACACACAUACGACAACAACAACAACAACACACGUUUAGACGACAUUUUCCCCGAGAUCGGGGGUUGCCGUUUGGCUACCUAUGAUGAAACCGAAAUACCCCUCGACGCCAUUCUGAGGGCCAUUUUUAAACUCAAACCAAUUUAUCAAACUUCCUCCGAGUUGCCAAAACUCUCAGUGCUUGAUUUAUCAAAGUUGGAAGAAAGUUGCAGAAUAUGCGCUGUGCAUUUAUCUGUCAUCUUCGCUCUUUUUCAUUUCGUUGAAGUCACAAAGCACCAGCUGAAAAACGUUACAGCUUUCCUGUCUACAUGCAUGCACAUCCUAAUGAUUCCGUGA